UGCAUUAAAGGCACCAAGAAAUGCAUUAGUUGGCAGCACACUUACACUACGUCCUGAAAGUCAAUUAGAAGAUCGUCCUUAUUCCCGUCUCUCUGUAGCAUCUAAUCGUACCAUCGGAGCACGCUCCACCACAUCCUUAAUGAUGGAGGGCCGUGCACCUAAAUCCAUUGAGAAACCUUUCGUCAUUCGUAUGCUACGAUGCGUACAGGUUCAACCUGGCGAACCCGCCCAUUUUGAAAUCCAAUACAAAGAAAAACCUGGCAAAGUCACUUGGCUAAAAGACAAUAAACCCUUGGAUGACGUAUUAGCCGAUCGCAUACAACAAACCGAGGCUCCAAUGAAUUCAUAUCGUUUGGACAUUAAAAAUUGCAGUGAACGCGAUUCUGGCGCUUACACUGCUAAGGCCAGCACAGGUGCCGAAGUCACCUCAUGUACCGCCCAAUUGGCUGUAGGCCAAGCCGCCGGCCACGAUGAAAGCCAAACAAAUGUGGCCCCCAUUUUCCUCUGCAGCCUCAAGGAUGCUGAGAUGUUGGAAAAUACCCAAUUCCGUUUCUUGAUUAAAAUUAUGGGCGACCCAAAGCCCAAAGUGCAAUUCUUCAAGGAUGGCCAAGAAAUUUUGGAAUCGGAUCGCAUUAACAUUGUCCGUGAAAAGGACUAUUUGGGUUACUAUGAAUUGGUAAUCAAUGAGGUCUUGAAAGAGGAUGCUGGCGCCUAUAUGUGCAAGGCCGUGAAUAAGUUUGGUGAGGCCUUGUGCGAAGCUCAGGUCACCACAGUGGAGGACAAAAAUCCCUUCGGCUCGUUGGCCGGUCAAAUAUUGCAACCCGGCGAGAAACCUGUCUUCCAAUGGAAACGCAAUGGCGCACCCUUCGACCCGGAGGAACGUUUCAAGGUCCUGUUCGGCGAAGAUGAAGACUCCCUCGCCUUGGUCUUCCAGCAUGUCAAACCUGAGGAUGCCGGCAUCUACACUUGCGUUGCACAGACCAGUACUGGUAAUAUCUCCUGUAGUGCUGAGCUUUCGGUUCAAGGCUCUGUACAGACCCUGUACCGGGAACCCGAAAAACCCACCCUGGUCAUUGAACACCGUGAAGCUAACACGCACGUAGGAGGCACUGCCAUAUUGGAAAUGCAAUGCAAGGGUUUCCCCAAGCCCGCCGUGCAGGUUAAGCACGAGGGUCAGGUGAUCGAAAUCGACGAUCGCCACAAGUUCUUGUACGAGAGUGACGAAAGUAUGUCUUUGCUGAUCAAGAAUGCCACCACCGAAGAUGCUGGUCUCUACACCAUCCACGCCAUGAACGAAUUGGGCGAGGAUAGUUCGGAGAUCACUUUGGUCGUGAAGGCACCACCCAAAAUUAAGAAGGUCAAAGACAUAGUUUGCAAUGUAGAGGAGACGGUGCGCAUCGAAGUGGAGGUUGAGGGUUAUCCCAAGCCCAUUUUGAAUCUCACCAAUAAUGGUAAGGACAUCACCACGGAGAAGAAUGUCAAGAUCAGCUCCACCACUGUGGGCAAGAGUACCGAAAAGGUCACCAUUGAAAUUGAGAAGAUCAAGUUGUCUCAGUCCGGCAACUUCUCCCUGAGGGCCACCAAUGAUUUGAGUCAAACAUCGGAAUACUGGAAUUGCACUGUGCACUCCAAGCCGGUGUUCGUGAAGUCCCUUGAAGAGGAAUAUGUCCAUGGUGAAAAGGAAACGGUGCUGAUGAGCUGCCGCAUUGAUGCCUAUCCCGAGGCCAAGUUGACCUGGUACCAGGAGGGUAAGCAGAUCACCAUCGACAAUAAGAAGUACUCCGUGAUCCAGGAUGGUAAUUCGUAUACUUUGAAAAUCACCGGAGUGACCCGUGUCGAUGCUGGUGAAUAUUCGGUAAAGGCUGAGAAUGAGCAUGGCUCUACCACCAGCAAAACUAAUUUGCUGAUCAAGUGUACGCCGGAGAUCACCAAGAGCUUGAGGAAUAUCAUUGUCACCGAGGGUGAUACUGAUGUGACCCUCAAUGUGGCCGUUGAUGCCUAUCCCAAACCGGGCAUCAAAUGGUACAUCGAUGGCAUUGAGAUCGAUGAGAAGCGCAACGAGUUCCGCCGCCAAGAAGAGGGCAAUGACUACAAGUUGAUUAUGAAACAGGUCACCACUGCCCUGCAGGGUACCUAUAGUGUGGUCAUUAUGAACGAUUAUGGCAAACUGCAGAAUGAGUGUAUUGUUACCGUGAAUUGCAAGCCCAAGAUCAAGAAACAAUUGAAGGAUGUUGAAAUUGAGGAGGGCCACACUUUGACUCUGGAUACUGAAAUCUAUUCGGAGCCCGAGGCCACCGUUAAAUGGUAUAUCAAUGACCAGGAGUGCUCGGCUGAUGCCCGUUUGAAGAUCAGCCACAAUACGAAGCGCUAUGAGGAAUAUAACCUGACCUUGAAUUUGUGUAAGCCUCAGGAUACCGGUGUAUAUGAGGUUCGUGCCAAGAAUUCGGUCGGCGAAAGUGUAUCCAAGUGUCAAGUUAAUGUGUUAACCCAACCCACCAUUGACCAUGUGGAUAUUAUGGAGAUGCACUCCUAUGAAUCCGUGCCCUUGAAAUAUGAGGUUAUUGCCCAUGGCAUACCCAAGCCAGAGGCUAUUUGGUAUCAGGAUGGCAAGGAAAUUAAGCCAGAUGCCAAUACCGCCAUUAUUGUGGAUGGGGACAAAUACCGUUUGGAAAAGAAAUCCUUGAAAUUGGAGGAUGCCGGUACCUAUAAGGUAGUCAUUAAGAACAAGGUGGGAGAAAAGUCCCACCAAGGUGUACUCUCCUUGUCGGGUGUUGCCGAAUAUCGCAAACCCAUUGUCAAGAAGGGCUUGGUAGACAUCAGUACCCACAAGGGUAAACCUUUGCAUCUGCCUGUGGUCUUUACCGCUGAUCCUGAACCCAAAAUGGUGUGGCUCAAGGAUGGCAAGCCAAUUGAUAGCAAUGAUCGUCAUGUCAAGAUCAGUGUCGACAAGAAGGAGCUGCAACAUGGCUUGAUGGAGUACACCUGUACCCUGAACAUUGAUGAGACCAUCCAUGAGGAUAAUGGCCGCUACGAACUGCAAUUGGAGAACAAAUACGGCAAAGUCAAUAUUGGCUGCUUUGCUGAUAUUUUGUCGAAACCAGAAAUUAUUGGCCUCAAGGACCAAGGUUGCAUGCCAGGACAAACGGUAUGCUUUGAUGUUGUGGUCAAGGCCAAUCCUAAGCCUAAGGUCACCUGGAGCCGUGGCAAUGAGAAUUUGUGCAACAAUGAAAAUUGCGAAGUCAUUGCCGAUGUUGAUGCCAACAAAUAUCGUCUGGUCUUCCAGACCGUUGCUUCGAAUGAUGGUGGCACCUAUACUUUGACUGCUGUCAAUAAUGAAGGCACAACCGCCCAGGACUUCCAACUUAAUGUGCAUGUUGAGAAACCCACCUUCAUCACCCCACCCGAAGACAAGGUGGUCCAUGAUUAUCAUCCAGCCUUGACUGAAGUCGUCGUCCAUGGUGUCCCAUUGCCCAAAUUGGAAUGGACCAAGGAUGGCAAACCGAUCGAUGUCAAUGCCAAGGAUAAGACCACUGGAGAACCUUUGUAUCGCAUCACCCAAAAAGUGGUGGCCAGCGAUCAAAUUUCCAGCGAAUUUGAGGUUCUACAUUUCAGUUUAUCCGAUGUGGCUAAAUAUGCUGCUGUGGCUACCAAUGACAUUGGUACCACUGAGGCUCCAUUCAAGCUAACCAUGAUGGACUUAUCACCAGUGUUCGUCAAGAAUUUGGAACCCACGAAGGAGGUUCAUGAAACCGAGCCAUUGGUAUUGCAAUGUGUGGUCGAUGGCAGUCCAUUGCCCGUUGUGCAAUGGUACAAGGAUAAUGAAGAGGUUAAGCCUACCGAACACAUCAAAAUCACCACCACUCCCCAGGGUCUGUGCAAAUUGGAAAUUGAGGAAUGCCAGCCCAAUGAUUCGGGAGCCUACAAACUGGCCAUUACCAAUGAGCAUGGCAAGAAGGUGGCCCUCUGUGCCGUGGCUGUUAGCCCCAAACCCUUGACCCCCAGCUUUGUAAAACCCAUCCAGGACCAAAAGAUCACCGUGGGCGAACCUUUGAAAUUGGAAGCCACCGUGGUCGGUUUCCCUGCCCCCGAAAUCCAAUGGUACAAGGAUGAGGUCUUGUUGCGUCCCAGCCAGGCCAUUAAUUUCAUCAACAAUCCCAAUGGCCAGAUUGGUAUUAGCAUCGAUGCCACCACUCCCCAAGAUGCCGGCAUUUACAAGUGCCUCAUCAGCAACAAGGAAGGUGAAAUCAAGGGCGUCGCCAAGGUCCAGGUAUUGCCCAAGGAAACCAAACCCGAAUUCGUUGCCGAGCUCACCGAUGCCCGCAGCAUUGAAGGUUUCCCCGUCAAAAUGGAUGUCAAGGUUGUGGCCUAUCCCCAACCCGAAGUCAAAUGGUUCCACAAUGGCACCGAGUUGUCACCCCAAGACAAGAAACAUCAUGCCAUCAUUGAAAAUCCCGAUCAUACAUAUAGCUUGAUCAUUGAAAAACCUUCCGUGGCCGAUUCUGGCCUCUACGAAGUCAUUGCCACCAAUCCCAAGGGCAGUGCCGCCUCCAAGGCGAAACUCUUUGUGGCUCCCGUUACCGAUGAAAAUGCCGCCGAAGAGGCACCCAGCUUUGUCUCCGCUCUACGCGAUGUCAAUGCCGAUGAGGGCCAAGAACUCUCCCUUUCAGCUCCCUUCUUGGGCAACCCCAUGCCCGAGACAAUUUGGACCAAGGACGGCGUUCAAUUGCAACCCAGUGAGCGUAUCCUCAUGACCUGUGACGGCAAACAUGUCGGCUUGAUUAUCAACCCUGCCGAAACUUCGGAUUCCGGUGUGUACAGCUGUUUGUUGGCAAAUCCUUUGGGUGAGGACACUUCGUCCUGCAACGCCAACGUUCGCAAGGUCUACAAGAAGCCCGUAUUCACACAAAAGAUUACCGACCAACAGCAGGUAUACGGUGGUGAUGCCAAGAUAUCCGUCAGUGUAUCUGGUGUACCAUAUCCGGAAUUGACCUGGUUCUUCAACGAUAAGCCCAUUGCGGAUGGCGAUAAGUACUACAUGAAACAUGAUGGUGACCAUCACACGCUGACCGUGCGUGACUGCAACGAUGGCGAUAAGGGUGUGUACAAAUGCAUUGCCACCAAUCGGGAGGGUAAGGAUAUUACCCAGGGACGUUUGGAUAUUGUCAAUGAAAUCAAAAAACAUGCCCGUUCCGAACCACCAGUUUUCCUCAAGAAAAUUGGCGAUUGUGAUAUCUACCCCGGCAUGGAUGCCAAAUUCACCGCCAUGGCCACCGGUUAUCCCAAACCCGAGGUUGAAUGGUUCAAAAAUGGCCAGAAAUUAUUCCCCACCGAUAGAAUCCACAUCGAGACUGAGGGUAAUGGCUUGAUGCGUCUGUGCAUCAAGAAUGCCGACGAAUCGGAUGUUGGCCGCUACACCUGCCGUGUCUUCAAUCCCCAUGGCGAUGAACAGUGUGAAGCUGAGCUGUUGUUCGACACCGUCGACAGCCCUCUGCAAGGUGCCAUUGCCGAUCAGUAUCGUGACUACAAGAAAUACAAGCACACCGGAGUGCCCAACCCACUGCCCGAUGCUCCUGUCAUUUUGAAAAUGACCGAUCGUUAUUUGCAAUUGGCCUGGCGCCCAUCUGUGCCCAAUAUGCCCCGCUAUCCCGUCACUUAUCAAGUGGAAAUGUUGAAUUUACCCGAUGGUGAUUGGCGUACCAUUCGCACCGGCAUUCGCAGCUGUGCCUGUAAUGUUGGCGAUUUGGAACCUUUCAGAGAUUAUCGUUUCCGUGUGCGUGUAGAGAAUAAAUUUGGCGUUAGCGAUCCAAGUCCAUAUGUACAAACUUAUAGAUCGAAAUUGGUACCCGAACCACCAAAGACUUAUACCUAUUUGGCACCAGGUGUAGAUUUUAGACCAGAGACAUCGCCCUACUUCCCCAAGGACUUUGAUAUUGAAUGUCCACCCCAUGAUGGUAUGGCACAGGCUCCUCAGUUCUUGCGUCGUGAAAAUGAUGUCAGCUAUGGCGUCAAGGGUCACAAUGCCGAACUUAUGUGGUUCGUCUAUGGUUAUCCUAAGCCCAAGAUGACCUAUUACUUCGAUGAUAUGUUGAUUGAACCCGGCGGCCGCUUCGAUUACAGUUAUACCCGUAAUGGCCAGGCUACAUUGUUCAUUAAUAAGAUGUUGGAUCGCGAUGUUGGCUGGUAUGAAGCCGUUGCCACCAAUGAACAUGGCGAGGCCCGUCAACGUGUCCGUUUGGAAAUUGCCGAAUAUCCCCGCUUCACCAAGCGUCCCGAGGAAACCUUUAUCAUGUCCCGCAAGAAUGGCCGCAUUGAGGCCCAUGUUGUGGGCAUUCCCCACCCAGAGAUCCGCUGGUACAAGGACUGGCAACCAUUGGCCGAAACCAGCCGCAUCAAGAUGCGUUUCAUUGAACCCAAUGUAUAUAUCCUGUCGCUGAGCGAUUGUAUCCUCAAGGAUGCUGGCCUCUAUUCGAUUAGUGCCCGCAACAUUGCCGGUAGUGUCAGCUCCUCCGUCAUGGUCCACAUUGAGGAUAAUGAGGAUCAAUAUAUCUUCAAUACCUAUGGACGUCAUCCUUAUGUUCGUCCCAAGAACUUCCGCUUCGAAGAUAAAUACGAUAUCGGUGAUGAGUUAGGUCGUGGUACUCAGGGUAUUACCUAUCACGCUGUGGAGCGUGCAACCGGUGACAAUUAUGCUGCCAAGAUUAUGUAUGGCAAAUCGGAGAUCCGUCCAUUCAUGUUGAACGAAUUGGAAAUGAUGAAUAUGUUGAACCAUAAGAACCUGAUCCGCUUGCAUGAUGCCUACGAUACGGAGCGCAAUGUUACGCUGAUUAUGGAACUGGCUGCUGGUGGAGAAUUGGUGCGGGAUAAUUUGUUGAGACGUGACUAUUAUCGUGAAAGAGAUAUUGCCCAUUACAUCAGGCAAGUCCUGUGGGGCCUGGAGCACAUGCAUGAAAAUGGUGUGGGCCAUAUGGGCUUGACUAUCAAGGACCUCCUCAUCUCCGUUGUGGGUGGUGAUUACCUGAAAAUCUCCGAUUUCGGUUUGGCUCGCCGCAUUCACACCCAUGCCUUGACCACCCUGGACUAUGGCAUGCCCGAGUAUGUCUCUCCCGAAGUUGUCAACAAGGAAGGUGUCAGCUUCUCUCACGACAUGUGGACUGUGGGUGUCAUUACCUAUGUCCUUCUUUCCGGACAUAAUCCCUUCCGCGGUGCCAAUGAUCGUGAAACUCUGCAACGCAUCAAGGAAGGCCACUGGGACUUCAGUGAUUCCAUUUGGACUCACAUUUCCGAUGAUGGUCGUGAUUUCAUUAAACGUCUGCUGGUCUACAGCCCUGAAGAGCGUAUGGAUGUAAAGACCGCUUUGAGACAUCCAUGGUUCUUUAUGUUGGAUCGCAAGGUAUCCGACGAUGAGUAUCGUAUCAACACCGAUCGUCUGAGAAAUUACUACAACGAUUUCCGUGAUUGGUAUGCUAAUGCUUCGUGCAAACAUUACUUCAGACGUCGCCGUUUGAGUGGCUGCUGGACUCAUCCCUCGAAAAUGGUCUAUCCUCCCGGUUUGGUGUACACGCCGGAGAACACUCCCGAACGUACUCCCGAACCAAGAGUACGCACUAAACGCGUGGAGACAUAUUCGAAAUUCUUGCAUCCGGAUUAUGAAUUGGGUAUUAUACAAUCGGAGAGUCACUAUCAAUAUGGUCCCGAUACCUAUCUCCUGCAAUUGCGUGAUGUCAGCUUCCCAGUACGUUUGCGUGAAUACAUGAAGGUGGCCCACCGCAGAUCGCCAUCUUUCGCAGCCAAUGAAAGCUUGGAUUGGUCUCUGCCCAUUAUUCGUGAACGUCGUCGCUUCACCGAUAUCAUGGAUGAAGAAAUCGACGAUGAACGUACUCGUAGUCGUAUUAGCAUGUAUUCAGCUCAAGACUCCUAUACCAUUCGCCGCUUGCGUACAGAGUUGGGUCCUCGUCUCGAUGAAUAUACCGAAGCUGAGGCUAUGAUUUCAUCGAAACGUGAAGGUUAUCCUCCAUUCUUCCGCGAGAAGCCACAAUCGCUGGCUAUCACUGAGGGUCAACCUGCCCAUGUCCACUGCUUCGCCGUUGGCGAUCCAAAACCCAGUGUCCAAUGGUUCAAGAACGAUAUGGUGUUGAUUGAAAGCAGCCGCAUUAAGUUCCACACCGAUGAGGAUGGUCGCUCGAUUUUGCGCUUCGAGCCCGCCAUGCAGUUCGAUGUCGGUGUCUACAAAUGUGUAGCUCGCAACAAGGUUGGUCAGACUGUAGCUAGAUGUCGUGUCGUCAUUGCCACGCUGCCCGAUGCUCCAGAUUCGCCUGAAAUUUCUGCGGUCAGCGCCACCGAGAUUCUGUUGCGUUGGAAACAACCACGUGACGAUGGCCACACCUCCGUUCUAUGCUACAGUUUGCAAUAUAAGCGAGCUGAUGCCGAUGCCUGGACCACAAUUGCCGAUAACAUCGAUCACGAGUUCUAUUUGGUGCAUGAUUUGCAGCCAAACACCCAAUACCAAUUCCGUUUGGCCUCCAGAAAUCGUAUUGGCUGGAGUGAUAUGGGUAUACCAAUUAGCGCCUCCACCGGUGGCCACGAUGCCGCCAAGAUCCACAUUACCAAGGCCAUGAAACAUUUACAACAGAUGACCGAAAGUGGUCACGAAGUCUUGCCCGAGGAGGAGCGUGUCCACACCGAUUAUCACUGCGAACGCGAACCACCCAACUGGGUAACCGAUCAUUCGGUCAAUGAAAAGUACAGCUUUAUUUCGGAAAUUGCCCGCGGUGAAUUCUCCACCAUUGUCAAGGGUAUCCAGAAGUCCAGUGACGCCGUUGUUGUCGCCAAGAUCUUUGAAAUCACCGAUCAAAAUGAAGAGGAUAUCGUUGCGGAAUUCGAUAACUUUAAGACACUGAGACACGAACGUAUUCCUGCCUUGUUUGCCGCCUACAAACCAUUGAAUGUGCCCAUUGCCAUUUUCAUUAUGGAGAAAUUGCAGGGUGCUGAUGUUUUGACCUAUUUCAGCUCACGUCAUCAAUACACCGAACAAAUGGUUGCGACCGUUAUCUUCCAGCUGUUGGAUGCUCUGCAAUACUUGCACUGGCGUGGUUAUGCCCAUUUGAAUAUUCAACCCGAUAAUGUCGUGAUGGCUUCGGUGCGUUCGGUACAAGUUAAACUCAUCGAUUUCGGUUGCACGAAGCGUGUCAAUAAACUCGGCGUUCAAGUUCGACCAUGCGGUAAUUUGGAAUUCCAAGCCCCCGAAAUGGUUAUGGAAGAGCCAGUAUUCCCACAAACUGAUAUUUGGUCUGUGGGCGUUCUCACUUAUUUGCUGCUAUCGGGCACUAGUCCUUUCCGUGGUGUCGAUGAACAUGAAACUAAGCAGAAUAUUGCCUAUGUCCGUUAUAGAUUUGAAAACCUCUUCAGUGAGGUGACACCCGAAGCUACGAGAUUUAUUAUGUUCCUGUUCAAACGUCAACCACACAAACGUCCAUACACCGAAGACUGUCAGGAACACAGAUGGCUGAUGUCCUCCGACUAUAUGGUGAAGAAACGUGAGCGGGCACAUUUCUUGGGCAAUCGCCUCAAGGAAUUCAGCGAUGAAUAUCAUUCACAAAAAUCUUCCAGUGCUUCGCCCAAACUGGCCUCCAUCCAAGGUGGACCAACACCAUCACAGCUGCUGCGAUCCAAUAGCAUACAGGAGGAGCUCUUCACCACCUAUUAAACC